UAUGAGUGAAGAGUAUUCUCCAAUUGUGUCCCCUACAGAUACACAACAUUCAUAUGGUUUGGGUAUGCUAUUAUUUUUAAGGACAGUUAAAACCGCUCUGAAAAAAAUUUAUAUAAAUAAAUUUUAUCCACAAGUUGGUUGACUAUCCUUUUAAAUAUAGUGUUCGUAAUAAGAAAAUCUUUGACAUUAUAAUUAACCUUUAAUUUAAUGACACUAUUAAGCUUAUUUAUUUCUUCUAUAUAUUUAUUGUAGAUCACACGUUUAAUGCAACAUUGACAGUUCAAAAUGAAAUAAUUGUAGUAGAUAACAAUAACGGCAGCCUUUUUCAACAACAUUCAGAAAAAAACUCUGGCACUAAUACAAUCGAGAUUGUCAGGUGAAGGCAAUUUUUUAAUUGAAGCCUAUGAUUACGAAUCAAUUAGCAAUAACAGACAACUUUUAUUGGAAACCAAAAAGCAAACCUAUUUCUCUAUUUACAAAGUAUCGAAAAAUUUAAUAUAUCACGAAAUUUACCGCACAAAUUCAUAUUCAAUAACUGCAGACAGACUUGAAUUCCUAGCCGAAAGUGUCUCCGAACUUUUUCCGCGUUACUUAAAGGAAACGUUUUAUUCCAGAAGUAAUCGUAAAAUUGAUGCUCAUGGAACUCUUCAAACCUGCUACGCAAAAUUGAGAGAGAAAGCAAUUGCGAUAAAUAUUAUAAAAACAUCAAGAAGUCGAAAAAUUGUGGACGAUGACGAAAGGCUUAGUGAAGCAUUCGCAGAGUUACAAGUACCAGUGAAUAUAAUUGACGACGAAUAUAAGCAAAAGUGGACAAAUACAGCAAUUCAAGAAAAAAAAUUAUUUUUCUCGAAAUCGGAUUUUGUGAAAAUUUUUCAGACAUUUCCAGUAUUACGGAAUCCACUAGGCUACACAUAGAUACAGGAAGAUUUUUGUACUGGUUUCAAGAAGUCCUCAAAUACAUUUGAGGAAAACUGGCCAAAUACUGCAAAGAAGAUCAUCAAAUUGGCUAAAUCGAAAAGAGACCAAAAUAUUAAAAACAUUUUAAAAGAAUACAAAAAUUCAACUGAAGAAAUAGAUAACAACGUCGCAUUACUAUUACUGCCUCUGUUAUUUAAGAAAAUAACAAAAUUAACGAACAAGUCAAGUUACGGAAAAGUCUGGAAUCCUGAAAAAACUGAAGUUUCGAGUUGCUUCGUUUACCACGUAAAGGAGAAAGAAAACAUCGGAAACAUUUUAAAGGAAAUUCAUCAGAAAAUUGACCUUUUACACACUGAGCAUAAAUUAGUUCUACAACCAUACGUUGUAAUUCAUGGAACAAGUAUAAAUACUAUAACAGCGGCAUAUGUUGUCAUCGGUAGUCACACUUACCAAGUAGCGACUCCUGCUAAAGCAGUUGAUAUAUGUUUCCAAUCCGUUAAAGUUCUUGAAAAAGAAUUUUCACAUAUUUGCAAUCAUGUGUGGCAAUUUCUUGAGAGAGAGGUUUUUAAAUUCAAUGUUCCCAAUAUUCUUGGUACAGUUGCUCAAGUGAUAAACCAAUUGCAUCAAGUUUAGUGAACUGAAUUGCGUUCGUUUCUGUUUUAAAUUUUGUUUAAUUUAUUACGAUGUUUUAUUUAUUUGGUUUCGUAAAUAUGUUUUAUUUUUAUUAAUGUAUAACAUGAAAAAAUGGCUCAAAGAGUUGUUUAAUGUUGUGACUUCGUUCUGGUUACGUGCGUUAUAUUUUGCUUGCGUCGUACCUUGCUUUGUAAAACAAAAUACUCAUUCAUUCGCAGCAAUGGAUUUCACUCAUGUUCCUAAUAUUAAAAGGGAGAAUUUAAGUAAAGAGAUUUUAAAAUUAACGCUUUUUUAUAUAAUUUGUCACAUAUUUCUCGAAAGGAUGUAGAUUUAAUAAUAAAUAUGUUCAGUAGUUUCAUUUUUGAACAAUUUAUUCCAUUCGUUAAAAAUGAACUAGAAAAUCAGGUUAAGCCGAUAUCGAAUGCGGCAUCUUAUUCGAAAACACAAUUUGUUUUAGAAAAUGUCAAAGAUUUAGACCAGCAAGUUUCAACUGAACAUUUAAGGUUCAAAUUGUACGAAGAAAACUGCAUGUAUAUUCCUCCACAACUUUUUCAAAUUGAACAAGAGUGUCAUUAUAGUACCAAUGACGAUCAAACAGUUCGUGUUGAAAUGAAACCUGUAUAUGGAGCAUACGUUUCUUUAAAGGACACCUUGCAGACGACUCUCUCAAUUCCAGGUGUACUUCAAUCCAUUUUCACUUACAUGGAUGACUUAAGUAAAGAAGAAAAGUACGUGUCAAAUGUUUUAUAAGCUGAUCUAUGGGCGAAGAAAUAUAAAAAAUUUGGUAAGAAUGUAUUGCCUCUUUAUUUAUAUUUCGACGAAUUCGAGACGCGAAAUCCUUUGGGAAGCCACGCUGGAGAAGAAAAAAUGGGAGGAGCAUACAUUUCUCUUGCUUGUUUACCUCCUCACAUGUCUGCCAAGUUAAGAAAUGUAUUUGUGUCUUCAAUUUUUAAAUCGAAAUAUAUGAAACAAUUUACAAAUGAACAGCUAUUUCGAAAAACCAUAGAAGAUCUUCAUUUGGUUGCUACUGAGGGCGUAGAAAUAAAUAUUGGAGGCAAAAUUCAUCAUCUUUUUUUCCGCUUAAUUCAAAUAUUAGGAGAUAAUAUGGGACAAAACAGAAUUUGCGGAUUUUCUUUAAGUUUUACAGCAAAUUACUUUUGUCGAAUGUGUUCCGCUUCUAUGGCAGAAUGCAAAGAAAUGAUCGAAGAAAAUGAAAAACUUUUAAGAACAACUGAAUCUUAUUUAGAGGAUUUAAAAAAAACAACUUUGAAAAAACGGGAAUUAAAGAACAGUGUAUUUUUAACGAAUUAGAGGAUUUUGACAUUAAUGAAAAUAUUUCCGGAGAUGUAAUGCACGAUGGCCCAGAAGGAAUUAUUAACUACACACUCUCAAAAAUAGUAGAUGGAUUAAUUGCAGACAAAUUGAUAACUUUGGAUUUACUAAACAAGAAGAUUGAAACAUUUCCAUAUAAUGAUUUAGAGAAACAAAACAAGCCAAGACUUUUGUAUUAUUCUGUGGGGAAAAAAGGAGGAAGAAAAAUAAAAAUCAAACAGUCUGCGUCAGAAAUUACGUGCUUAACCAGAUAUCUGGGAUUAAUGAUUGGCGAUUUGAUUCCGGCUGAUAAUCGUUACUGGAAGCUAUAUAUUUGCUUAAGAGAAAUUGUUGACAUUCUAAUGUCUCCGAUAAUAGAUAAAGGCCAAAUUCAAAUUCUGAAUAUUCUUAUAAUGAAACACAAUAUGCAGUACUUGAAACUGUUCGGAAAAUUAAAGCCUAAAAUGCAUAUAUGGCUUCACUAUCCGAGGCUGAUAAUGUUAAAUGGUCCUGUUGUACACUAUUCAUCAAUGAAAUUUGAGAGGAAAAAUAAAGAAGCAAAAGAAUAUGCUCUGGGAACUACAUCGAACGUAAACCUGCCACUUACUAUUGCAAUAAGACAUCAAUUAAAAAUGUGCUACACAUUACAAUUUUGCCCUCCUAUUCUGGGUGAUAUGGUACUUGGACCGAUAGUUAAUACGAGUGCUCAGAAUCAUUUAAAAAAUUUGAUACCGAAUUUGUCAAGUAAUGUAAAAGUUAUGACUUUGAAAAAUGUAGAAAUACUCGGAAGUAACUUUUCAGAAGGAACUGUAUUUGUGACUAGAAUAGCUGAAAACGGUCCGCAAUUCGGCAUGCUUAAAACUGUAUUUUAUGUCAACGAUAAAACUAUUUACUUCGAAACAAGCGAAUUUAAAACGAUUUACUUUAAUCAUCAGUACCACGCGUAUAAUGUACAAUCUGAUCCAAGUAAAUCGAAUUUAUUGAUAAAUGCUGAGCUUAUACCGAGAAUAACACCAUGCCUACUAUGCACAAAAAAGGGUAACGAAUUUGUAGCUACAAGAUACAAAUUAUGAAAUUAUAAAACUGUAUAAAAUUUUCCAAGAAUACAAAUUUUCCAAAAUGUUUUUUCACUCAAAAUUAAUUUAUUCCGAAUUUAAAUUUCAAUUAUUUCAAACGUUAAUCAAUUAAAAAGG